AGUACGUGUAUGCAUGAUAAACGUAGCGUUGUGAUCUUCGAUUGUACGAGUACUGCAAUAUUAAUCGUUGGGGCAAAAGUGUAUAAUAUUACACCUUUUGAAAAUAAUAUUCAAUUUGUAAAGGGUCUUCUUGUGAAUUAAGAGGCAAGAUGGGAACCCGAGUGUAUGUUGGUCGUCUGAGUUAUGAUUGUCGUGAAAGGGAUCUGGAGAAGUUUUUUAAAGGUUUCGGAAAAAUUAGGGAAAUUUUGAUAAAGAAUGGCUUUGGAUUUGUGGAAUUUGAUGAUUAUCGUGAUGCUGAUGAUGCUGUUUAUGAAUUGAAUGGCAAAGAUUUGCUUGGAGAAAGAAUACAUGUAGAGAUUGCCAGAGGUCCAAGGAGCAGAGAUGACUCCUGGAACUCUUGGGGUAGAAAUAGGAAUAGGAGAACUCCUGUGCGUAGGUGGGGAAGGCAAGAAAAGUAUGGUCCACCAACAAGAACUGAAUAUCGUCUUAUUGUUGAAAAUUUGAGUAGCAAAGUCAGCUGGCAGGACUUGAAGGACUACAUGCGUCAAGCUGGUGAAGUGACAUAUGCUGAUGCUCACAAGCAAAGAAGAAAUGAAGGUGUUGUUGAAUUUGCUUCUUAUGCUGAUAUGAAGAGCGCUUAUAGUAAGCUGAAUAACACGGAGUUAAGUGGCCGAAAAAUCAAGUUAAUUGAGGAUCGUCCUCAUCGUAGUAGCAGAAGAUCUCGCACCAGAUCCAGCUCAAGAUCUCGAUCUAAGAGUCGUAGCCGAUCCAGGUCUCGCAGUACACGUCGCAGUAGGAGCAGGAGCAAGAGUGCUAGUAAAUCACGCUCCAGAUCAAGAUCAAGAUCCAUGUCUCGUUCCAGAUCUAAAUCUCCUGCAAAAUCUGCAUCGAAGUCACCUUCAGUUUCCAAGAGAGAAAAAUCAAGAAGCGUCAGUCCUGGAGGGAAAUCUGAUAAGUCGGAUGGUGGGUCUCGUGUUUCUCGUUCAAGGUCUAGAUCAAGAUCACGAUCUAAAAGCCCCAUUGAUGAAGAGAAAUUGGAAAAUGCUUAAUAUUGCUUUUUCUUUUUCUAUGAACUUUCUAAACUUUGUAUAUAUUUUCUUUUUUUUUUUUUUUUUUUUUUGACUUUACUUUGGUAUAUUUGCUAAUGUUCAUUUUUCUUUUGAAUCAAAAUUAUAAGCAUAACUUGAGUUGUAGAUGUUAUGAAUUCCUGGAAUAAAGU